UCUGUGUCAAUAAUAAUGAGAUAUCAAAUAACAUGGCUCAUUGGAGCUAUUUUAGUAGGUCUGAGUUUAUUAAAUUUAACAGCAGCCCUAGAUCCAGAAAAUGCAGAACCUUUAACACUAGUUUCAAAUGGAAUGAGUCAAUUUUCUACAGAGUUUUACAAAAUUUCGUCAGAAAAUGAAGCAAAUAACCUUAUCUGCUCGCCAUCAAGCGCUGGUAUCGUUUUAUCAAUGGCAGCUUAUGGUGCCCGAGGAAAUACAGAAAAACAAAUGAAAUCAGGUUUACAUUUGCCCGAAAAUGACGCUGUCGGUAAAGAAGGUUAUCAGUCACUUAUCGACACCCUUAAUGGUUUGAAAAGUGCUAGGCUUCGAUUAGCUCAAAAAAUUUACGUAGCAGACAAUUUUGAAAUAAAUCCUGAAUUUAAAGAUAUGACUGACAAUAAUUUCCGAUCACCCAUGGAAGCUUUAGAUUUUAACAAAGCAGAUGAAGCUAGUCAGACAAUAAAUGGUUGGUGUGCCCAAAAAACUAAUAACCGUAUCAGAGAAAUAGUCACUGCAGAUGAUGUGAGUGGAGCAUCAAUUGUUCUUGUCAAUGCAAUUUAUUUCAAAGGUGUUUGGAAUGCUCAGUUUGAUGAAGACGAGACAGAAUCUGAACCAUUUCAUAUUGAUGAAAAAACGACCAAAAAUGUUGAUAUGAUGUUCAAAAGACAUACAUAUAAUUAUGGAACCCUUCCGGAUCUUGAUGCUGUUUUUGUAGAACUUCCAUACAAGAAACUAAGUGAAAGCGACUCAAUAAGUAUGUUCAUAAUUUUGCCAAAUACAAUAACGGGACUGAAAAAAGCGGAAGAAUCUCUCAACAAAGUAAACUUCAAAGAAGUUCAUACUAAUCAUCAUAUGACUCCAAUAAAUUUGUCGGUACCUAAAUUUAAAAUUGAAAGUACACUCCAACUUCAACCGACACUUGAGAAAUUGGGAAUGACUGACAUGUUCCAAGAUACUGCUGACUUUACUGGAAUCACAGAAGCUCCGCCACUAAAAGUCACUAAAGUCAUUCAGAAAGCUUUCAUCUCAAUUGACGAAAAAGGAAGCGAAGCAGCUGCAGCAACUGCGGUGAUGGGAAUGGCAAGAUCUGGAGCUACUCUCAAUCCAGCACCUGUAACAGUGACGGUUGACAGGCCAUUUUUUUAUGCAAUUGUACAUCCUGCAACAAAUACUGUUUUAUUCCAAGGGCACAUUACUGACCCAAAAUAUGAUGAAGUUUAAAUUCGCUCAGUAAAAUUAUGGAUGAAAUACGAGAAAAUAUAUAUAUGUAUGUUUUUUCUUUUAAAGUCAAAAUCAUUGACAUCCUUUCAAAAGAUGAAAAGUUUCAAAUAAAAUAUUCCUAUGAUUUAA